CCAGGGACUUGACAGCCGCGCGCACUAAGCCCCAGGCCGUAUUGUUACCCCGUCGCCGGGGCUGGUCCGGUUUGCAGCGAGGGGUUUCCACCGGGCGCACCCUCUUUGCGCCCUCGCUCUCCUUGGCUGCGGAUUCCCUUAAUUAAUUGGAGGGAUCACUACGACUCUCCACUCUGCGAACCUCGCGUUCUUUGGGUCGAUUUGUUCUGAUUGGCGUCGGAUCAGAAAUAAAUGCAUUGCAGCUGAAGUUUGUGGGCUUUGAAGGGCAAGGAUAAGAAAGAGCCCGGUUCGCUUUUCGGCUUGCUCCAUAUUCUUCGAGUCACUCGCCUGUCCUUCCGCCCCGGGCAGCCCAGGUACCUUAGCGACGGUGGUGGCCUUCUUUGACGAUGUCUCGGCGAAGCCAGCGCCUCGGUACUGUCCGUUAUUACCAAAGUGAUGAGGUUGAUGACGGUAGUAGCAGCAGUGGUGGGAGUUCACUGCUUAGUGGCCAGCAGGCCCUGUUUAAAGACAGUUCCAACAGCCGGAGCCUACGAAGGAAGUCAAACAGUGUAAAGCGUCCCUCUCCGACCCCGAGCCUGGGAUCCAACCCUGCACAUACCACCUACUACAGUGAGUCUGUGAUUAGUGAGUCUUACCUGAGUGAUGGCAGGGGGCGUUCUGUCCGGGGCAGUACUGCUUUGGAUGAUCCACUGAACAGCCAUUCUUACUGGAAUGAGGAGCUCUCACUUAGAAGAAGAGGAGGCACCGGAGGUACAGAGUCCAGUAAAAUCAAUGGGCUUGCAGAAAGGAAGAUCUAUGACACCUAUGCUUCUUCCUCGGGCUACUCCUCUGAGGAUGACUAUGCAGGCCAUACUUGCUUGGACCAGAAUGCCUCUGGAUCUGGGUUCAGGAAUGCACUCUCUAAAGCAGGCGCUUUUUUGUGGCUGGUGCUUACAUCACCAGGCCGAUUCUUUGGGCUGUUAUAUUGGUGGAUUGGGACCACGUGGUACCGUCUGACAACUGCAGCCUCGCUCCUGGAUGUCUUUGUCUUAACAAGGAGCUAUCCAGUCUUGAAGAAGCUUUUCUUGCUGCUGCUCCUGCUGUUGCUAUUGACUGCUAUUGGUUAUGGUGCUUGGUACUUUUACCCUUUCGGGCUUCAUCCUUCUAUGUUUUCUUGGGGAGCUGCAAAGUUGUCCCCUCCUGUUACCAAGAAGGUAUAUGAAGCUGGAGAUUUCACGGCACUCUAUGAGGCACAGCAGAAGGUUUUAUCUCGGCUUCAGGCUCUGGAGAAGCGUUUUGAAACUCUGGAGGAUUCUGCGUCAGUGCUGGAGCUCCAGAAAGGAUCAGCCUCAACAGGAGCAGCUUUGCCUCAGGAGGAUAUCUUGGUUCUUCUGGACGGGCUAGUGAAACGACGGGAAAUGGCCAUGAGAGAGGAUUUCCACAAAGAAACAGAUCUUCACCUUCAGAAUAAGUUGGAUGCUUUCCAGUCCGAGGUGCAGAAAGAUCUUGAUAGUCUCUUACAGAAAGUCUCUGAGACUUCCCAGGAUACAGAGACUCGGAUAGCCCAAAUGACUUCACAGUGGCAAAGAUCUACACAAGAAGGCCUGAUGAGUGACUUCCAAAGGGAGAUGGGUACACUGGAGGCACAGUUGGCAGGCCUGAAGAAGGAAUUUGUGAUCUUGGCUGCAGAUGAGAAGGCCUUAGCAAAGCAUGUGGAGUCUCUUCCAGGACAGAUCAAGAGAGUGCAAGAGGAUGUGGAAAUCCAGUUUCCCAGGUGGCUCAGCCAAUUCUUGGCCCAGCCUAGGCAGGAUGGAGGGGGCAGCCUGUUCCUCCAGCAUGAGGAGUUCCAGGAACAGCUCCGCAACCUGGAGCACAAGAUCCUUGCCAAAGUCUCCGAGAACCAGCGAUUAUCUGCACGGGAUGUUGGGGUAGCGCUUCAAAUGGAAGGAGUCACGGGAGUAACACCAGAGCAAGUGCACCACAUUGUGAACCAGGCCCUGAAACGCUACAGUGAAGAUCGCAUUGGAUUGGUUGAUUAUGCCCUUGAAUCUGGAGGGGCCAGCGUUAUCAGCACUCGGUGCUCAGAAACCUAUGAGACCAAAACGGCCCUUCUGAGUCUUUUUGGGAUCCCCUUGUGGUACCACUCACAGUCUCCACGGGUCAUUCUGCAGCCAGACGUCUACCCUGGCAACUGCUGGGCUUUCCAAGGCUCCCAAGGUUUUGCUGUUGUCCGCCUUUCAAGCAACAUCCAUCCCACUGCAGUGACACUAGAACACAUCCCUAGAUCCCUCUCGCCCAAAGGAACCAUUCCCAGUGCCCCCAAGGACUUCUCGGUCUUUGGUUUAAGUGAAGAAGGGCAGCAAGAGGGCACCCACCUUGGGAAAUUCAUGUACGACCAGGAGGGGGACCCCAUCCAAACAUUCCAUUUUCAGGAUGAAGAUAAAAGUACAGCUUUCCAGCUGGUGGAACUGCGAAUUCUUAGUAACUGGGGCCACCCCGAGUAUACCUGCAUCUAUCGCUUCCGGGUACAUGGAGAGCUCGUCUCUUAACCCCUCCCAGUGCCACACCUUUGCUAGCUGGCUACCUCAAGUUCUGCGCCUCAAGAGUGGCAAAGGCAGUGCCAGAAAAGAGAUCAGUGUGGGUUGGGCAACACUUCUUUUUGCUGUGUUACUCGUAGGUGAGGAGUAGGCACUCAACAACCACCUUGUGGUCAAUCUAUUCUCUCAAUGGGUAGAGGGAGAAGAGGGCUUCUCAUUUUGGUCUUUUAUAAGCUACUUUUUAAAAGUGUGUUUCUUUUUUUAAAAAAGCCUAUGCAGCUCAUAUUUGCCUCAUGCCCCUCAUCACAAACAAAAAACUGCUUUCCAGAUUUUUCUUUGGGAAGUUUUAUUAUGAUCCCCUUGUAGAUCUAGUGCUGUACGCAUAAUUGUUCGGAGGCUCUAGCUUAUGAAAUCUGUCUUGCUUAAAAGACAGCUUGUAGGCAGAAAGAGCCUAUGGUAGUGUGCAGUAGGAACUGGCAGCUUGGCAGAGGGAAGUGGGCAUGUACUUAAAAGAAGCAUUCAAAAACCAACUGCUAUGCUCUCAAAGAACAUGCAGUCUGGUUUUCAAGGAAAAACAAUGGAAGCACAAUCUUGAUUAUUAUAAGCUUUCCAUUCCUGACAGAGCAGACACUAUCAAGACUCAUUCCCAUGGUGCAGUGCUGACUUGCUCUUUGAAAGAUGGGGGAGGGGAAGCUGGGGCUCCCAGCAGCCUGGAAGAGCUUCCUCCUAAUCCCAGAUAAGUGGAGGGUGGCUGCUCUUUGCCAGGGGUGAGGGAAGGUCUUCUGUACAACCUCCCAGCCAGCCUUCUCUGUAGUUAUUAUUCCAUAGCAGGUUGCAGGGCAAAGUUUCAAUGCUGCUUAAAAUUAUACUCUGCCACCCCGUCUUCUCAAGCAGAUUUUAACGCAGAAGUUAUUUCAGUAGAGGUUGCAUGACAUGGCAAAUACAGCCCAAAUUUAUUUAGUUUAUCUAAUCUCCUGAGGGACUGAGCUAAGGAAGAGUCGCUGUCAAACACAUCGGCUGUUCCAUUCGCUUAAAUGCAAGAUUACCAGGCCUCAGGUUCUUCCUUUGCAUAGAGACUGCGCUCAUAUAUAUGCUGGUUUACCACAUGGAAAAUGGCAGAUUGUCCAAUCAGUUGGUCAGGUGCCUUCUCCUGCUUCAUGCUGGGGAAAAUCAUUAUCACAGCAGUGCACCAGAUUGUCUUGCUCUAUACAUGCAGCCAAAUGAGGGAGGUCAGUCUCAAAGUAGUCAUAGCUGCAGCAGUAGGUAUGAUUUUGAAUGCUCCCCUUGUAUGUAAACUGCUUGUAGAGCAGGAAACAGGUUAGACUUACAACCUUUUUCUGGCUAUUGUGCUGCUUUUUAACUACAGGUAUUCAUGUGGAAUGUUGCCUUUAAUCUGAAGUUGACUACCUCAUUUGGCUGCAGGUGCCAACCAGGCCAGUUGAAAAAUCCGUGUUAGCAAAGGAGCUGCUGUCCAUGGGAGUUUUCUGCACAUUUUCCUCCAUUAUAGUGUCUGUAAUUUUUUCUUUCCACACAUGUUCCACAGUGACUGUAUUGGCUUGUUUCCAGGCAUGUGGUUGUCACAGCUGCUGUGGUGACUGAAAGCCCCUUUUUU